AUGAGUAAAAAACUAUUAACCCAUACUCAUAAAUUUCUUAGAUCAGAUACCACCCGCUUGUCACCUGAAGCCAUUGAAGAAAUCAGAAAUGCUCAGAAUAAUAUUCCAAAUGCUCGACGUGUUAUGUGUAAAAAACAUUAUAUAGAGGCAAUGACAUAUCAAAAAAUCAUUGAUAAUCAAAGGCCUCCUGAACCUACUGAAGAGUGGCGUAAAAUCCUAGAAUCUGUUAGCAUCUCUGAUCGGAUUUUAGAAAAUAACCAGGAAUCUUUACAGCUGGUAAGUACUGAGUAUGAUAUCUCUUCUACUAAUAUACAAGAAGAUGAGGUCAUUCAUAUAGAGCAUCCUGGAGAUGAUAAAAAUGGUGCAAAUUCUCAUAUAAGGCUAAAUACAGUAACUAGUGAACGAAAAAAUAAGGUUAGUGGAAAACAAAAGAUUAGUAUGAAGACAAAGGGUGAAUCUUCUCCA